AAGGACUUCCUGUUCAAGACAGAUCAGAUCCAGAAAUUUAAUUUUGGAAAAGUUUUCUAAAGUCCAAAAAAUUCCACAAAGCACCUCCAAUCCCCUUGUUUUCCACUAUGGAUCAGCAAAAGACUAAGGUAUCGACUAUCGAUACUGAGACGGAGCCGUGGACGACCGGAAAAGCCGCGAAGACGACCAGGAAAGAGGCCGAUUCCGGAUUCAGUUCGGCGGAUAGCACCGAUUCUGUGCACCAAGUGACGGGCACUCACUGCCAGCUCCGCCUCCGAUUGGCACAAAAGGAGCCGACGGCAAAGCGCGUCGGCUUCCAUUCCGGCGUUAUCGAUAACGAGCACAUGAAUCGGCGCAAAUCGAAGUGCUGCUGCAUUUAUCGAAAGCCGCAUCCCUUUGGCGAGAGCUCGUCCUCCACGGAUGACGAGUGCGAACACUGUUUUGGCCAUCCCGAAGUAAAAGCCCGCAAUCGUCUGGAAAAGCAGCGGAGAAAAAUGCAACAAUCCUGCUGCUGCUGCUGUUGCUGUUGCUGUUGCUGCGACAAUCAUCGUCAUCAGCAUCAGGACAAUCGGAGUAAUCGGCUGCCUAUCGAAGGAAUCGCAGGGGAAAAGGACAAUAAGCAGGCGGAGGAGGAACAAAAAUCGGUGAUCAAUGAAUCAGGUGGGGGGGAGCUCAACAAAAAGUAGGCUAUUAGUUAUUUGUCGCCGAUUUAUUUCUGUAAAGCUCAAAAUAACAAACCUUUUAUCACUCGAAAUUAAAAUUUAUGUAUUACCAUUACCCGUGAUUAACAGAAAAUAUAACCAAAGAUGGGUUAUCAAUUUUUAAAAAUAUCACAUACUUUGAUUUGCCAUAAAAUUUAUAAA